CCGCAGGCAGCCCCGAUGGCCAAGCAGCCCCCCGAGGUGAAGGCGCGACGCGACGGCGAGGGCGGGCGGCUGCCGGCGGCGGAGGGGCCGGGCCCGGGCGCGCAGCUGCGCCCCGGCGCUCCCGCCGCCCUGCCCGGGGCCGGCGCGGUGUCCGCGGCGCGGGGCCCGCCCGCCAGCCCCGGCCCCUUCGCCACCCGCUCGCCGCUCUUCAUCUUCGUGCGGAGGUCGCCGCUGCUGCCGCGCUCCUCCAGCGGGUACUUCUCGUUCGAAGCCGAGCGCAGCCCCGCGCCCCUGGGCUGCGACAAGGCCACGCAGACCCCCAGCCCGCCCUGCCAGGCGCUCAGCCACUGCCUCAGCGCCAUGGCUUCCCGGUGGCAAUCCCACUCUCCAGCCGAGGAGGUGCAGCCGGAGAUCUGGAUCGCGCAGGAGCUGCGGCGCAUCGGCGACGAGUUCAAUGCCUCCUAUUGUCCACGCAGGGGUUUCUUGGAUCACCAGUUGGGGAACCCCCAGGUCAUGAUCCUGCGCCUGCUGCGUUACAUCAUCAGCCGCAUCUGGAGGCUCCAGUGA